ACUUCUCAAAGGACCUUCUCUCAGAAAACCUUUCUAGGGUUAGGGUUUCUCUGAUCCCAAUCCAUCGUCUCUCAUUAGUCUCUUGUUGUAGGGUAAGGGGUACAACCUUACCUAUUGUUUAUCAUCCUUGUUUUUCUUUACAGGGUUGGUUCUUAUUACUCCGUCGUUUUUCUUUCAACUUCUUUUUAUCAAGAUUACAUAUUUCAAUCCAGUUAUCCCUACAGUCUGUAGAGGUUUUUGGACUGAUAGGGCUCUAUCUAGUGCUCGGAUUUCUAUAUCUGGCAGUGGGUUAGGGUUAGGGUUCUUUUCGAUAUCUAUCAUCGCUUAGGGUUUUUCCGAAGAUGAUGCAACCUGCAACAGGCGUUGUUCCACCACCGAUGGUUCCUCCACAAAUGGAUCAACAGCACCAGCAGCAUCCGCAGCAACAACCACCGCCGCAACAGCAGUGGAUGAUGAUGCCACCACAGCAGCCUCUUCAGCCUCAACCCCCUCCAGUGUGGAACCAGCAGCCCCCUCAAGUGCAACAGCCGCAAGUGCCACCCCAGCAACCUCAGCCCCAAGCACAGCAGCCGCAGCCGCAGCCACAGCAUCAGUAUCCACCUACACAACCUACAAGCGCAGACGAGGUCCGCACGCUUUGGAUCGGAGACUUGCAGUACUGGAUGGAGGAGAGCUAUAUCCACAGCUGUUUCGCUCACACGGGCGAGGUUGCUUCUGUGAAAGUGAUCCGCAAUAAACAAACCGGUCAAUCAGAGGGUUAUGGUUUCAUUGAGUUUGUAACUCGUCCUGCAGCUGAAAGGAUCUUACAAACUUACAAUGGCACACUAAUGCCCAAUGCUGAGCAGAACUUUAGGCUGAACUGGGCUUCUUUUGGUUUGGGUGAGAGGCGUCCGGAUGACAGCGCUGACUUUACAAUUUUUGUUGGUGAUCUAGCUUCUGAUGUCACAGACUACAUGUUACAAGAGACAUUCAGGAGUCACUAUCCUUCUGUGAAGGGUGCGAAGGUUGUAACUGAUAGAACUACUGGACGUUCAAAGGGAUACGGGUUUGUUAGAUUUGGGGAUGAAAGUGAACAGAUACGUGCUAUGACUGAAAUGAAUGGAAUUUUCUGUUCAACACGGCCCAUGCGCAUUGGUCCUGCUACUACAAAGAAGAAUGUAGGUGGUCAGCAAUAUUCGAAAGCUCCUUACCAGAACACUCAAGGAACACAGAACGAGAAUGAUCCAAAUAAUACAACUAUAUUCGUUGGUGGGUUGGAUUCUAAUGUUACUGAUGAUCAUUUGAGACAAGUCUUCAGCCAAUUUGGGGAGUUGGUUCAUGUGAAGAUACCUGUAGGCAAACGUUGUGGUUUUGUUCAAUUUGUCAACAGAGCUUGUGCAGAGGAGGCAUUGCUGAUGUUGAAUGGAACCCAGUUGGGGGGGCAAAAUAUUCGGCUUUCAUGGGGACGCAGUCCUUCCAGUAAACAGGACUCUGUUGGRUGGGAACAGCCACAACCAGAUCCAAAUCAGUGGAAUGGAGGAUAUUAUGGCUAUGGACAAGGAUACGAGGCCUAUGGAUAUGCUCCACCUCCUCAAGAUCCAAAUAUGUAUGCCUAUGGAGCUUAUCCUGGAUAUGGGAAUUACCAACAACAGUGAUUUGCUGGUUAUUGUGAACUAGUAUUCCGAAUGCGGAGACGUAUCAUUUUGCGUAUCUGGAGAGAAUCUUUGUAACUCUAAUAUGCUGUUCUGCUUGUCUGGCUCUUGAUGUUGUGUUAUUGUUGGAAGCUGUUCGACAAUUAGAAAGCUGCAGACAUGUCAUGCGUGUUCUCUUGUUUGCUUUCUUCUUUCCCCGACUCUUACUUAAGACCCAAAUAUGAGCAUGGAUGAUUGAAAAUUAACUUAUUUUUUAACUAGUUCUUAUAUAUGCUUAGAAACGAUUACACUGCGCUUCUUUUGUGAUUUUCGUGUA